UCUAUUAUUUUUAUUCAUAUACGAUACAGAGUGCCUGUCUUAAAUUCACAACUAUGCACUGGAAGUAAACAACGCGAAGAUAUUUGGACACGGCUGAAAAGCUACUUCCAGUCUCACCAUGGGCUGUGGAGGAUCAAAAAGCACCGCUGUUGUCGAAAGCAACGUCGACGUUCAACGUCACAGUAGCGCCAAACGAAACAAUGACGUCGUAAUUGAUACAGCAACAGUUGGCGAAAGAGUAGACGACGUUGUAUCCAAUAAAGAAAGCAGUACUGAGGUUCAUACUGUCGCCACAAACGAGAAGUUAGCUACUGUAAUUAAUUCUCGAAAGGAAAGAAAUGGAGAUACAACCGGUAUUAGGGAUCGCAUCGUUUCUGAUGAUCAGAAGGACGUGGAACAUGGGCGUAAUAUCCAUUCUUCAACAAUGGGGCAGAAUCAGAAAGGGAAAGCGCCUCUUAAGAGCAAUGAGGGUGUUCAAGAGAAGAAGAGGGCGACUAAUAAAAGUUCUGAGUCCCAGAAGGGUCGAGAGACCCAGAAGAAGAAUUCAGUUCCUCUUCCAAAAGGGCAAACAUCUCAAGCCAAAGAAGGUGGUAGUCAGACUAGAGAAAGUGAAAAUGAUAACAAUACGAGUGUCAAAACUAAACCCCAAGACCGACAAAACGGCCAUUUAGCGAAAGAGAAUGAUUCUAAGAAAGUUAAUACAAUCGUUACAAAGAGUAAUCAAACUCCCUUACAGAGCGCUCCUGAGAAUAUCCCAAGUAGGUUAAAAACCGAGUCGCCUUUCGAUCCUUCGGUAAAAGUCGAAAAAUACCGAAAAGAACCGAUACCCGUCUUUGGGAGGAGUGCGUUUCCAUUGAGUAAAGACAACCCUGAUUUGAAGGUUGAGGAUACUUUCUGGCCUGGCAAACGUGCCCUGAUUCCUGAUUACAACAAAAUGAAGGAACUGGAUAAACACGCAAUAGAGACCCCACCGCGACUUCGGAAAGACAUGGACCAGCUUGUUGCACAUCUGACCAAAGGCACCAACACACACCUAGAGAAACUCAGGGCGUUAUUUCGAUGGGUGGCUCAUAACACCGAAUACAACGUCCCCGGAUACAAGAGUGGCAAGCUCGGAGACAACUCAGCAGAAACUGUCCUUCGGACCGGACUAGCGGUUUGUGAGGGUUAUAGCAACCUGCUCCGGGCAAUGUGCGAGAAAGCUGGUGUCCAAUGCGAAAAGAUCAGUGGGUAUGCGAAGGGGGCUGGCUACCGACCUGGCAGUGAGAAUCUUUCAAAGCAAACCCAUUCUUGGAACAGAGUGACGUUAGAUGGUCAGACGUAUCUCUGCGAUUGCACCUGGGCGGCGGGUAGCGUUGAUACUGCCUUCACGAGACACUGGAAGGAGGAAGAUUUCUUAGCUGAUCCUACAAGUUUCGCCAAUUCCCAUCUCCCCAGAGAUUUAAGCAACCAUGAAAAUUACCCCUACAGGUCAUUAGAGGAGUGGAACAACACUCCUCAGUUUGGACACUUAGCGCAAUUCUGCGCACUCAAAUGCCUGAGCCAUAAAGAUGGUGUCAUCAAUGCACCUAAUAACAGUUGCUUGAUUAAGUUCAAACUGAAGAGGGCGCUUUACAACACCUUCUGCAUAAUUGAGAACGAAGGUGGGAAGAAAUUGAAAGGAGCUGUGCAACAAUGGUGGAAUGGGAAUGAGUUGUCCUGUAGCAUUCGACUUCCAAAAGCUGGCAGGUACAGUUUCGUCAUAGUUGGGAGCUUAUCGGCACGCCGCAAGGAGAAAAACAACACUGAAGUCUUAUAUCCCGAACAUAUAUCAGAUGCGAUGACCAAUUCAUUAGUAAGGUAUGUUAUCAAAGCAACAGGCAGCGAGAAGUUGAACUCCAUGUCCACUGAAGAGAACUUCAACCUCUUUGGUGCACCUUUGAAUUUGCCAGACUAUGGCCUAGUCCCAGUUUCCAAAAACGAUGCUACGCUUCAUACUGUAUCAGGAAAUGCUCAUCUGGUCUUUAAAAAGCUUCAUCAAGGUCCUUCGUCUAUCAGUAUAGAACUUUACAAAUUUGAAGAUCAAAACAAGAAGCUGUCAUCUUCUGUAUACUGCGAACAAUUCGAUGACUUGGUGGUUUUCCACGUCAGGUGCCCUUCGCCUGGAAGAUAUUCUCUGAUUAUGUAUGUUAAAUUUGACAAAGAGGUUCACUCCUGUCGAAUGAUGUAUACCGUUGUCUGUGAAGGUAAAUUCGACCCCGUGCGUCUUCCAGAUAUGAAGGGCCCUUCCGGUCCGAACGGUCGAUUUGAGGAACUUGGUUUACGUCUCAAAGAAGCGCUCUCAACAACAGUUGUUACCUCAGAAGGAGAAGGGCAACUAGAUAUCCUAAGUGAUCCAGGGAAAGGGAUUAAGGUAAUUGCUGACUUGAAGGAUGUCUCUGAAUCACCAAAGAAAGAUGGAAGCUACACUGUAGAGACAGACAAAAGGGAAACUGAACAGGUUACUACCGUAAACCUUAGGUUAAAGCAGAAAGGCUUCUUCAAACUUUCACUUUUUGCAAAGACCGAGUCAAUGCCCAAGCACGAUUAUAUCGGAUACUGGCUGGUGGUAUGUCGUAAACCGAUCAAGACGGAACAGUUUCCAAUAGGAGUUACCGAAAUCGGACCCGUUGCCGAGUUUCAUUCCCUAGGUUUGCAAACGACUACCCAAAGCAGAAUAGUGUGUGAAAACGGCGAAGGAAAUCUUGAUGUUUUCAGUGAUGCCAAAUCCAAUGUCGAGUUUGUCUUCAAAAUCAAGAAAGACGAAGAAGAUGAACCCGAGAGUAUAGGCCUAAUAUUCGCAGAUACAUACGUUAUGAAUGCAAUCCGCACAACACGUUUCUUAAUCCGCAUGUACCAGACGGGCAUAUUUGCUUUCCGAUUAUUUGCGAAAGCAAAAGGAAGCGGGAAUUUUAAUUACGUUGGGGUAUUCCUGGUAUUGAAUGACAUCGUUUGUAAGAAACCUAAAUUUCCCGGGAGGAAAAUGGCCUAUGGCCCAAACCAUGUGUUCUGGGAUUCAGGAUUGGACCUUGACGACGGGAAGUCAAAGAGGCUAGAACUGGUCAACGGAGAAGGUGAUCUGUUCUUAACCCACAAACCGAGAACGAACCGGAGAAUCAAUGCUGGCCUGGAAUCGUCAGGUGGUCAGCGUUUAAAAGAUCAGGACUCGGCCACAAUGCUUAUCGAAACCUCGUGGUCAGAUAAGGGUGAAAUCACAGCGACAAGAUUGCGACUUAGGGUCAAAACACCCGGGGUCUAUGACUUUGUUAUCUUCGCCGAAAACGAAAAAGACAAUUCCUUCAGCUUUGCAGGAGUUUGGUUGGUUGACUGUCCGACGGCAACCACACAGGCAAUGUUUCCAGUCGUCAGAGGCUCCAUGGGGCCUACCACCAAGUUCUUCCAGAUGGGCCUUUCUACAAAUUCACCCCGAUGUUCAACCCUCGGCGCCAACUCGGACGGGACUUGUACACUACAACUGAUCCGGGACAAGCCAUUUGGAAUUGUUUUCAAAGUAUCUGAUAAAGGAUGUCAGGUUUCUGAAACGAAAUCGGAAAGUAGGAAAUCGUCUGUUACCGUCCGCGUGAAACUGCCAAGUCCUGGAGCAUAUACCCUUGACUUGUUUGCUUCUGAAGAGCAUGAAAGAACUAAAGAUUUUGUUGGAAAGUGGCUCUUAGAAUGGAUCAAGAACUGAAUUGCUUACCUUUCAUUGACAGAAAAAGCUAAAAGAGAAUGAAGAGUUGAACAAAACGACAAUUCUUGCCAGUAUUACUCCAAAACUGAGAAGAGAGAUACAAAUGGGGGCGGCGGAUUGAGAGAGUGGGGGCAGAGAUCGAGAGAAUAUACAGUUAUUUGAGUAUUUAUCAUUUUAGAUUCUAAUAAUAGCAGAGAAUAUAUUUUAUAAACAUUUUCUACGAAAUCAUUUUCAAUCAAAUGUCUUCUUUUCCAUGAUUUCAAAUAACGUGUAUCGUAACAUUGAUAAACCAUGUCGACACAUUUCCCUCUUGCUACACAGCAAAAACUGUGCAUGGUGUUAACCGGUGUACAUAGAGGACCACACCAGUUGUUUUACACCGGUGUUA